AUGUCCACAGAUAGAUGCAUGAACACUGGCCUAAAGGCAGAUUUGAGUAAGGAAGUGCAAGAUUUGAAACAGGUCCAUGGGGACGUUGUACUCUUCGUAUUGGUCAUUAUUGUCAUAAUUAUAAUUAUCUACUGCUGUCGACACCGGCGCGAAGGCUACCAGAGCGCCUACGACACUGAUGAGGCACUUGGACACUCCCAGCUUUACUCGGCUGAUGAAGCUCUGCGAUCUAAGACUAACGGACACCCUGAUGUAAAGCCCGAGCUCUUCAUUUAG